GCUUUUUGAUCACAGAGCUUCAUUUUAAUAGACUAGAUAUACACAUAUUUUGCCACGAAGUAGUGGCACAUCUAUAAGUUUAAUUUAUACUAAAGAAAAUAAUCUUGCUAUAUAUGUAUAAUCUAUUAUAUACAAAUGUUUUCCACUGGAAAAUAAAUAUUUCGAUGGAUUUAAUUUUUCUUUCCUAAGUUAUAAAAAAUCUUAUAUGUUGGCUGAAUAUUAUUAGGUAAAAAAGGCAAUAAAGAGGAAAAAGAAGAAGCAAAUUUUAAAGAAGUAACAAAUCAAAACAACCAAAUAAGACUUAAUCUGAAUAUUGUGUAAUGAAUAAUGGAUCAACUAACAGCAAAACGAUUGCUCAGUGAAGGAGCAUUUUUUAUCUUAUUAGACGUUCCUGAAGGAACUGAGUUUGGCAUAGAUAUGAAAUCUUGGAAUACAGGCGAAAAAUUUCGAGGGGUAAAAAUGAUACCCCCAGGUAUACAUUAUAUAUUUUUCAGUUCAGUUUCGAAUACAGGAGAUGUAGCUCCAAGAAUUGGCUUUUUCAAAACAUUCAGGAAGUCGGAAGUUUUAGUUAAAAAGUGGGACAAAGUGAAUGAGUGUAUAAGUAAAGAAGAAGUAUCCGAAGACGAAGUAGUCAGAAUAAAAGAAAAUAUAUUACUUCUUGAUAAUUUUUUGGGUCCUUAUCCGUACGAUAUACACGAAAAAUGGAAUGAUUUAACUUCGUGUAUUACAACUAGCUUAGUAGAGGCAAUAUCACCAGUAUCUGGUUAUGUACAAUCAGCUUUAGAGCUAGAAUCUUGUAGUGAUGCAGAGCGACCUAGAGGGAAAAGGAAAUCAGAAAAUAAUAAAGAUUGUGAUCAGUCUUCUCCUAAAACAUCAAGACUUACAGAAAAUACAGAACAUACAUUUUUACCUAAUUUGAAAAUUAAAGAAGGUACAGAACUUCGUUUAACUGCAUUUCCUGCUAGAACUUACCCUGAAAAUUCAACACCUUCUGAAGUAACAAAACAUUCUCUAGAUCAUUCUUAUGUACUAGACCAAAUGAUAAGUAAAUACACCAUAUCUACAGAAAUCUUAGGAGAAAUGCAAAUAUGCUAUAUUUGUUUUCUAGUUGGACAUAGUUUAGAAGCUUUUGAACAGUGGAAAAAGCUUUUUAAUUUAUUCUGUUCCUGUGAAAUUGGUAUAAAAAAGCACAUAAAGUUGUACGAUAUAUUUAUUUCUAUUGCCGAGAUCCACAUACAGGAGAUUCCAGAAGAGUUCAUAGCAGAUAUAGUUACAAACAGUAACUUUGCUUAUGUAAAACUGAAGCAGUUGUAUAGGGCUGUAAAAGAUGCCAAUGUUAAUGGACAAUUCAAAACCAAAAUGGGAAGAUUUAUACAUAAUUUAACCACUAAAUAUCAGUGGGAUUUUGAUCACUUGGAUUCAGAAGAUGAAGAUGAGGCUCCUGUUAUUGUGGAAAUUUAAUAAUAAUUUUUUGUAUACAUUAUACUUGUUUAAUCAAAUCUUCUAGUCUUAAAUUUUGUUGGACAUAGUUUAGAAGCUUUUAAACAAUGAAAAAAGCUUUUCAAUUGAUUCUGUUUCUAUGAAAUUGGUUCAUAGCAGGUAUAGGUGCAAACAGUAACUUUGCUUAUGUAAAAAGGAAACAAUUGUACAGGUUGUAAAAUAUGCCAAUGGUAAUUGGCAAUUAAAAACCAAAAUGGAAAUAUUUAUACAUAAUUUAACUACUAAAUAUCAGUAAUAUUUUAAACAUUUGGAUUCAGAAGAUGAGGCCUCUGUUGUGGAAAUUUAAGAACAAUUUUUUGAAUAUAGCUAUAUAAUUGUAUUAACCAAAUAAAUGUGUUUAUUCAAA